UCAGUGGGAAGCCGUUCCCUUCCUCCAGCUCCUCCAUCCCUUGGAAGUAAGUUUCCCGAGAGUGCUCAAGGUUACUGUGUGCAACACAGAAAACAGCAGCUCACAGGAGGCUGGGGGCAUACGGGCCGUGACAAAGAACGCCUGCAUAAAGCCAACUUUUAUUUUUGCUACGCUACACCCAGCAACACGUCCCUCAGCAAACCCUCAGGCUCAGCUCCCUGAUGCGCUGAAACGAUGCCAGCCGGGGCUCGCAGACCCGACAGAUUCCUAAGCGUGGCUGCAGGGGGUUUAUUUUAAACAAACACAGAGGAGAGGAGGCGGCAGGUCAGGGCGAUGCCUGGGCCUGUCACAGGAAGCCCCAGCCGACGCCUCAGGCGCCUCAGGCGCCGCCAUCUUGGCGGGGGCGCUCCCGCCCCUGCGAGGCCACGCCCCCAGUGCCCAUGGCCACGCCCACACACAGGCCACGCCUCCUCCUGCCCGCCCUCCUGCCCAUGGCCCCUCCGAGCCGCUUCCCGUAGGAGGAGGAGCAGCAUGGACGUGCUGCGGCCCCCCUUGAUAAGGAUCGGGGGCCGAGUGUACCGGAAGAAUCUCAUCCAAGAGCAGCCCUGCCCGCAGGAGGAGGAGGAGGAGGACUUCUAUGCAGGCCCCGGUGACUGCGCGGACGAGCCCUGCGACGCCGUCGCGGUGGAGGAGACGGAGCGAGGCUUCCAGUGCCGGCUGCAGGUUCCCAGCGCCUUGUACAAGUACAUCAUUGGGAAGAAGGGGGAGACCAAGAAGAGGCUAGAGACAGAGACUCGAACCUCCAUCAGCAUUCCCAAGCCUGGAGUGGAAGGAGAAAUUGUGAUCACGGGACAGCAGCGCAGCGGGGUGGUCUCUGCCCGGACGCGGGUCGAAGUGCUCCUGGACAGCUUCCGCAAGAGACAGCCCUUCACACACUUCCUGUCCCUGCCUCUCAACCAGCCUGCCAUCCAGGAGAAGUUCCUGCAGUUCAAGGAGGAGGUGCUGCAGAAGUGCUCGCAGGAUCACGGGGUCAGCAGCAGCCUGUUCCAGAACCCUGCCAAGCUUCACCUGACUAUUGGGACACUGGUGCUCCUGAACGAACAAGAGAUCCAGAAAGCCUGUGACCUCCUGCAGCAGUGCAAAGAGGACUUCGUGGACCAAAUUACUGGAGGCCAGCCCCUGACGGUGGAGGUGGCAGGAGUGGAGUACAUGAACGAUGACCCUGCCAUGACAGAUGUCCUUUAUGCCAAAGUCCACAUGAAGGAUGGCUCAGACAGGUUGCAGGUGGUCGCUGAUCGGCUGGUGGAGCGCUUUGUGGCCUCUGGCCUGAUGCUUAAAGAAUGGGACAGGGUGAAGCUGCAUGCCACAGUCAUGAACACUCUCUUCAGGAAAGAUCCAACUGAAGAACGAAACAACACAAUGACUGGUAAAUCAUCUUUCAAGGAGCGGGAGUCAUUUAAUGGCCAAAAUAUCCUCAAGCUCUUUGAGAACUUCCACUUCGGGGAGGUGCAGCUGGAGUCGGUGCGUCUCUCCCAGAGGUUCUCCUCGGACGCCUCUGGCUACUACGCCACAUCUGGGCAGCUGUGCUUCUCUUGAGGCGGCCGUGGUGGGUCUGCUCUGUGCAUGAUCCCUCAGUGAAAGGUUUUAUAGGACGUGAAUCUUCAAUGGGAACCUGGGAACUCCAAGCUGGGAUGCCUCGUGACUCCUCCAAAGCAUGGGAACCAUGGCAUUUCCCUGCAGUUUUUCCCACUGCCGUCUACUUGGGAUCCCCUUCCUCCUCCUUUCCCUAAAACGUCACAAAGUUGCCUCUUUGAUGUCUGUGGAUUGCUGGUUUUCCAAGAAAACGACUAGAACUGGAGCUUUUGGGGCAUUGCUGGUGUUGAAACGUGGGUUUUUUUCAGAAGAGGGAAGUUUGUUCUUAAAAUAAGUGUUUAAAAUCCAGGAGAGCUUCGCCGGAGCACGAUUUAACGAUAUUGGGGUCAGGCAUUGCUUGGAUCUCCAGCAGCGUGCCUGUGUGAUGUAGAUCUCCAAAUAAAUUAAUUCCCUUCAAAA